CCGUGACGUCACUCCGCCGUGGCCGUUAGGGACGAAGGGAGGAAAGAGGAGGGUGGUGUGUGGCCCUCACUGCGGCGGCGUACUGUACGUGCGCUGGUGGCGUCGCGAAGCGGUCAGUUCAGGGGUUCAAAGAGGGAAAACAUGGCGGACAACAAAGGAGGCGGUGGUGUUGGCGGAGGGGAGACGGAAGGUCCGGCGAGCAGUAACAACAAUGGCAGCGGACAGGACGGGAGUAGCAGUGCGGGAACUGAGGCCCAGACCGUGGAGGAGGCGGAGAGUGGGGAGAAGGCAGCCGCUCCGGUCGUUCCUGUGGCGGCUCCGGCUGAGGAGAGCCCGGCCCCCUCGUCUUCCGCGGCCUCCUCAUCCUCGACACCGAGCGGAGCCGUGAAUCUGCUGGAUACGUGUGCUGUGUGUAACCAGAGCUUGCAGAGCCGGGAGAUUGAGCCCAAGCUGCUGCCGUGCCUGCACUCCUUCUGCCGCCGCUGUCUACCGGAGCCGGAGAGGCAGCUGAGUGUACCGCUUCCCGGGGGGAGCAACGGGGACAUCCAGCAAGUAGGAGUAAUACGGUGUCCAGUUUGCAGACAAGAAUGCAGACAAAUAGAUCUAGUGGAUAAUUAUUUUGUGAAAGACGCAUCUGAAUCUCAAAGCGGCACUGAUGAAAAAUCUGAGCAGGUUUGUACGAGCUGUGAAGAUAAUGCAAGUGCUGUUGGCCUUUGUGGGGAAUGUGGAGAAUGGCUCUGCAAGACCUGUAUUGAAGCACAUCAAAGAGUUAAAUUUACCAAGGAUCACAUAAUAACAAAGAAGGAAGAUGUAUCUUCAGAAUCUGUUGGGGCGUCAGGCCAGCGUCCAGUUUUCUGUCCUGUCCAUAAACAAGAACAACUCAAACUGUUUUGCGAAACGUGUGAUAGAUUGACAUGUCGAGACUGCCAGCUGCAGGAGCAUAAAGAGCACAGGUACCAGUUUUUGGAGGAGGCGUUUCAGAACCAGAAAGGUGCUAUUGAAAACCUCUUGGCAAAGCUCAUGGAGAAGAAAAAUUAUGUGCAUUUUGCUGCUACUCAGGUUCAGAACAGGAUAAAGGAAGUGAAUGAAACUAAUAAACGAGUGGAGCAGGAAAUUAAAGUGGCUAUCUUUACCUUAAUAAAUGAAAUUAAUAAAAAGGGUAAAUCUCUUCUGCAACAGUUGGAGAGUGUAACAAAAGAAAGACAGAUGAAACUUUCACAACAACAAAAUGACAUAACGGGUCUCUCCCGACAAGUAAAACAUGUAAUGAAUUUCACAAACUGGGCUAUACAAAGUGGCAGCAGUACAGCACUACUCUACAGUAAACGUCUAAUUACUUUUCAGCUACGUCACAUCUUAAAAGCACGUUGUGAUCCAGUUCCAGCUGCAAAUGGAGCAGUAAGAUUUCAUUGUGACCCAACAUUCUGGGCAAAGAAUGUUGUUAAUUUAGGUAAUCUUAUUGUUGAAAAUAAGCCAACUACUGGAUAUUCACCUAAUGUAGUGGUUGGCCAAAAUCCCCAAGGAACAAACCAUGUAAAUAAAGCCCCUGCACAAAUUAACCUAGCACAACUCCGUCUCCAGCAUAUGCAGCAGCAGGUGUAUGCUCAAAAACACCAGCAGCUUCAGCAAAUGAGAAUGGUCCAGCCACCUGCACCACAUCAAAGGCCAUCUGGCCCUCAAGUUAUGCAUCAGCAGCCCCCAAGGUUGAUCAGCAUGCAGGCAAUGCAGAGGAAUAACAUGAAUUGCGUACCUUUCCAAGCUCAUCACAUGAGAAUGGCACAAAACGCGGCUCAAAAUGCUAACCGAAUGCAAGGUGUACCUCGCCACAAUGGACCUCAGUACUCAAUGAUGCAACCUCAUCUCCAAAGACAGCAACAUUCAAACCCUGGGCAUGCAGGUCCAUUUCCAGUUGUCUCGAUCCAUAAUAAUACAAUCAAUCCAACUAGCCCUACUACAGCAUCCAUGGCAAGUGCAAAUAGAGGCCCAACCAGCCCAUCUGUUACAUCAAUAGAAUUAAUUCCAUCUGUUACAAAUCCAGAGAAUCUUCCCUCUUUACCAGAUAUACCACCCAUACAGCUGGAAGAUGCUGGAUCAAAUAAUUUAGACAAUAUAUUAAGCAGGUACAUUUCAAUGGGACACCCACUUCCACAGCCAACAAGCACCAUGAACCCUUCACCUGGACCAUCUGCAAUGUCGCCUGGUUCAACAGGUUUAUCGAAUUCACAUACACCAGUGAGGCCACCCAGUACAUCAAGCACUGGUAGUAGGGGAAGUUGCGGAUCAAGUGGUAGAGCAGUUGAUAGAAAUGCUUUCAAAUCCGAUACAGUCAAGGUGAAGCAAGAGCCCGGAACAGAAGGUGAUGUGUGUAGUUUCUCAGGAACCGUUAAGCAAGAGAAGUCUGAAGAUGGGAGAAGAAGCGCAUGCAUGCUAAGUAGUCCAGAGAGCAGUCUGACUCCUCCACUCACUACAACCCUGCACCUUGAAAGUGAUUUGGAAGCUUUGGCCAAUCUAGAAAAUCAUGUAAAGACUGAACCUAACAGCACAAAUCAAAGUUGUGGACAGUCAACGCAUGGCACCCUUGUCAACGGAAAGUCUCCAAUUCGUAGCUCUAUGCAUCGAUCACCACGGGGAGGCAGCGGAGUUGAUGGUACGAACAAAGAUGAAGAUCCAAAUGAAGAUUGGUGUGCUGUGUGCCAAAAUGGAGGAGACCUUUUAUGUUGUGAGAAGUGCCCAAAAGUCUUUCACUUAACGUGUCAUGUACCCACACUCCUUAGCUUUCCAAGUGGUGAGUGGAUCUGCACCUUUUGCAGAGAUCUGAACAAGCCAGAGGUUGAAUAUGAUUGUGACAAUUCACAGCACAGUAAAAAAGGGAAGACUGUACAAGGUUUAAAUCCUUUGGACCAAAUGAACUGUGAGCGACUUCUCCUGUAUCUCUACUGCCAUGAACUAAGCAUUGCGUUUCAAGAGCCGGUCCCACUAACUAUACCAAACUACUAUAAAAUAAUUAAGAAGCCAAUGGACCUAUCCACAGUGAAAAAGAAGCUGCAGAAGAAACAUACUCAACACUACCAGACACCAGAAGACUUUGUAGCAGACGUCAGGCUAAUAUUUAAGAAUUGUGAAAGGUUUAAUGAAAUGAUGAAAGUUGUUCAAGUUUAUGCAGAAUCACAAGAAAUUAAUCUGCAGAAUGACUCUGAAGUGGCUCAAGCAGGAAAGGCUGUUUUAUUAUACUUUGAGGAUAAACUUCCAGAAAUCUACCCUGACAGGACCUUCCAACCAUUGUCAGACUUUGAACCAGUGGAGGAAGAAGAGGAGGAGGAGGAGGAGGAGGAUGAUGGGGAAAUAACUGAGGAUUCAGAUGAUGAUUUUGUACAGCCUCGGAGGAAACGUCUAAAGUCAGAUGAGAAGCCAGUGCAUAUAAAGUGAUUUCUAUGCUCUGGACUUUAUAAUUUCUGUAGAUUAUGUGGACUUUUAAGAAAAACUUAUUUAAGUGUUCCUGGAAUAUCUUCUCGCCUGCACCAGCCACCUUCAAGGAGAAGCUGGCAGCUUUUAGACAGUAUUAGACCAACUGAUGUUUGUACAGAAGAGAUGAACAUUCUUUUAAAGAAGACAGAUGGAGGAGACUUUUAGUCACUUUGUUUAGUGUUUUUUUUUUGUUUGUUUUUUUUUUUUUUUUUUUCUUUGCUUGAUGGGCUCUGUCACAAGGAACAGCCCGUUCAUAAUCGGUUGGGUUUUGAGAAUUGUCAAGGACAAUUUUUUGGUUUGGUAUUCUCACCCGCUGUUUGUACAGAUCUCUAACUGGACUUGGUGGUUGUUGUUUAAUAUAUUUUCUUGAAGAUUGGACCAGUACAUGCAAUUUACUGUAACACUUUCUCCUCUCCAUCGGGCUGCUUUGUAGAUUGACUUCUGGAACAACAAAUAUGGUACAGGUUUAAGUGUGCUCUUUAAAUGGUUAACUAUUAAUUUUAAUGGUUAACCAUUUGAUCAUUUUCCAUUUCCAUAUUUUUCAAUGUCUUGAGUGGUUACCUGUGUGGGUUAUCCUUCAAGAUUCUGAUCUAUAGAUAUAUAUUUUGUGAAGGAAGCGGUUUAACUCGGAUCUUGAGAACAUUUACUUUUGCUAUGUAUAUAUGAGGAAGCAUACAAGUGUCCAUCCAUAUUGCAUUAUUUCAGGCAACAGAUUGUCAACCUUUUGCUGUUGUCUUGCAUCCAAGACAAUUAAAAAAAUAAAUUAAAAUACUGAUUAAAUAUUCUUGAUUUUUCAUAUUUUAACAGUUUGAUGGAAGCUGUUAGUACAUUUGAUUGAAUCACAAUGGCUGUCUUCCUACGUUUUUUUUUUUUUUUUUUUCUAAAUUUAGUUUAACAAAUGUGUAAUUUUGCUUAUGUCUCUUAUUUGUACAUAAAGCCUGUCAGACAGUGGUCUUUCCAGGCUUGUUUUCAUAAGUGUGUUCCUAUGGAUUUUUUUGUUUGUUUUUUUUUUCUUUUGAUGCAGCUCUUACUAUUACUUGCAAAACCUAAUGAAACCACUUAAUAGUGAAAUGUCUGCUAGAAGAAACCCAAUAAAUCCAGUCAACGUUUUAAGAAAACUGCA